AUGGAUCUGAGCUACGUGGGCACCAUCUCCAUCGGCACGCCGCCCCAGCAGUUCUCUGUCAUCUUUGACACCGGCUCAGCCAACCUGUGGGUGCCCUCGGUGUACUGCUCCAGCCCGGCUUGUGCCAACCACCAACGCUUCGACCCGGCACGCUCCUCCACCUACCGCAGCACCACCACCAGCGUGGCCACCUGGUAUGGCACUGGCAGCAUGGUCGGCGUGCUGGCCUACGACACCGUCACGAUUGGGAGCAUCCAGGUGCAGAACCAGAUGGUUGGGCUGAGCCAGUGGGAGCCCGGCUCCUUCCUCGUCCACGUGCCCUUUGAUGGCUUCCUGGGGCUGGCUUUCCCCCGCAUCGCCUCCUCCGGUGCUACCCCCCUGUUUGACAACAUGAUGAGCCAAGGCCUUCUGGCUCAGGACCUCUUCUCCAUCUACCUCACCCCCGACAAGCAGAACGGCAGCUUCGUGCUCUUCGGUGGCAUCGACGACGCCCACUUCACCGGGAACCUGAGCUGGAUCCCGCUGACUGCCCAAACCUACUGGCAAAUCAAGGUGGACAGAAUCACCAUGCACGGCCUCCCCAUCGCCUGCACCCACGGCUGCCAGGCCAUCCUGGACAGCGGCACCUCGAUGCUGGCAGGUCCUGGCAUCAGCAUCCGCCGCAUCCACUACAAGAUGGGAGCCACGCACAGCCCCAGCGGUCUGCACACAGUGAGAUGCGGCUCCGUUCUGCCCGACAUCGUCUUCGUCAUCGCCGGCACGCCGUUCCCAUUGCCAUCCCAGUUCUACGUCCUCCAGAUGGAGGAUGGCUCCUGCGUGAGUGGCUUCGAAGCCUACGCCCUUCCCACGGCUGCUGAUGAGCUCUGGAUCCUCGGCCACAUCUUCCUGCGCCGCUACUACAGCGUCUUCGACAGAGCCAACAGCAUGGUGGGGCUGGCGCCCGCCGCCUAA